AUGAGAGCUCCACCACCUCGUAGAAAGUCAUUAUCAUUAAAGAUUCCACUAUUUUUGAUUAAAUUAAAAAGAAAAGUUCAAUGUAAUAGUUGGAAGAAAAGAAAAAGGAUCCACAAACUCCAUAGAAUCCAUAGAAAAAAAAGAACUAAUAAUUUAGAAAUACCUGAAUUUGAUAUUAGAGCAGAAGACAGUUAUUCAAUGAGAACAGAGUACCUACCUUCGAAUAUUGUUGAUAAACCCUUACUGAUUGCUACUUUUAAUAGAGAUUGUACAAAUUUUCCACAAAUAAAUAUUUUAGAGAGAAGCAAAAUGUCACAAUUACAUUUAAAAAAAAGGAAAUUUAAAUUAAAAAUAUUGAAUUACAACCCAAUCAAUCUUUCAAAUAAUAUUGAAAAUGCAAAUCAACAAUUCAGGUGUGUUUCUACAAUUAGAUCAAUUAAAAAUUUAGUAGAGAACGAUGCAGAUGUUAGACCAAUAUUCCAUAAUAAAAAUAUUAUAAGAUGCUUCUCUUUAGAGGGUUUAGAAGACAAUGAAAAUAAUGUUAAUAACAAUAAUAAUUUGACACAGAAAAAAUAUAUUAAAUUUGUUAACAAUGGUAUUGUGAAUAUCAAUUCACUACCUUCAAUAAGAACUGUAGAAGAUUCAAAUAUCAUAAAAGAAGAAUGCUUAGAUAUUCAUAAAUUUAACCAAAAAACACAGAAUUGUUUCCUUAAUGACACAAAGAUUGAAAACCUGAAUCUCCUCGACAGUAAAAAACAAAAAAGUUCUUACUUUAAACAUAAUAAGAAUCAUAACUUGAUUAAGAUAAUUUAUCAUUCAAAAUUUAUAUACCAGGACAGUUUAUAA